AUGGCCUCGGCUGCUAAUGCCUCCUCAGAGCAGGAAAACAGGGACCCCGAUCGGCCGAGGAUAACGCGGAGGAACAGGGGGAACUAUCGCACAACAGCGCCGGAUUUGGAGUAUUUGCAGCGGCCAAGUUACUGCGAUGCAGCUUUCGCCUUGGAGCAAAUAUCCGAGGUGCUUAUUCUUUGACACGUUUGAGUGAAAUGCUAUGGGUAUGCUUCUACUAUAUAGUGAAACUGCCCAACUUUGUCAAGUCGCUAGGUAACGGGAUAGCUACGGGACGGGCAGGGUAGGGGGAGAUGGGUUAGGGUGUAUACUAGAGCUAUACCUUGUAGCCUAUGUUGUGAUUUGCUAUUCAAGAAUAGUUAACUUUUCUCGCAUAUAGACUAAUCCUCCUCCUUGGGAAUGUAGGCUACACAUUGUAGUCUAUAAAUUGUAACUUUCCUAUAAUGGUAGGCUACACUAUAGGCUACAACGUUUCAAUAACGGUCGCGCAACAUAGGCUACACGGUGUAGGCGAUUCCCUACUUUUGCACAAUUAAAAUGUGCAUAAAUGUUUAGGCCUAUGUGUUUGCGUAACGGUAGUACAAUAUUUUAACUGCCCAGACGUCUGUACGAUAUUAUCUUUACUGGGGAGUCGUUCUCCGUUCUCUUCUCCAAAGCAAAAAUCCAUGUGGCUGCCCUCUUCCGUUCACAAAUAUUGUCGUAGUUUAACUCCCUCCGAGAUGGCUACUCCACUCCCCAGCUCAGAUCACACAAGUAGCUCAAUGGGAAUGGAAUUGUGUUGUGUGUGAUUUUGCGGCAGCGUAAAACCCCACGUGAAUCUUUUGGGGGAUUAAUAUAAUAAUUCGAUACAAUGUAUCACAUCAAGGCUCGCGCGGUGUUACACUGUGUCACUGACAGCAAGCAUUGCUGCGCGUUCCCCUCCUUGUCCGUCUGUGUGUGUGUGGUAAAAACAAAAAUGUAACGGACUUUAGUCCUAUCGUCCAAAACCGCUGCUUACGUCGCUGGCUCGCCAACUUUAUAUCUAUUUCCUCCCUCGACGUAGGAGGUCCGACCAAGUCCUCUUUUGGCCAGAAUAACAGGCCUACUCCGAGGUUCUUAUUUAGAACAGUUUACAUUGAUGUACCAUAUUGAACACACUGCACAUAUACAGUAUGCUAUAAAGCAUAGCCUACAUAUAAACAGCUCAUGCAUUAUAGAAGUCCGCAAAUUAAGUGUUGAUCUAGAACGACAAAUUGCACCAAUCACACCAUUGUCAUAACACGUUCAUUAACAUGUCUUAUAUUCUAUGACAACCGUGAUGUCCUCAUCCCAUAACACUACACCCCAUUGAUCAAUAAUGAUAGGCCUACAUCUUUGAUGCUCCCAGCACUUGUUUGGGGAGUAAUAUUUAUGUAGACUUUCUCUUGUCUUGUCGCAGGGGAAGGCGACUGGAAGAAAAGCACCGCUGUGGCUGAGAGCGAAGUUUCAGAGACUCUUGUUUAAGUUGGGCUGUUACAUACAAAAGAACUGCGGAAAGUUUUUGGUUGUGGGCCUCUUGAUAUUCGGAGCUUUCGCUGUUGGCUUACGGGCAGCUAAUCUGGAAACCGACGUGGAGAAACUCUGGGUAGAAGGUAAGACAAUUAUUUAUGAUUUUGGUCCUUUUAUUUUGCCUGUUGAAUCGUUUGUCUUUCCUGUUGAGAAUAAGCUAAAGUCUGGGAAGGGAUAAGGUUGGGUGGGGUGGAAAGGGGUGGGGGGUCUUCAAAACAAGCUGGGGGGAAUGUUUAUUAUAUAGCAGCAGUUUGACAAGGGGCCAGGUUACAACUUGAACAUAUUUUUAUUUCGUUUCAUGUUAUGGUUUUUGUUGCGUUGGAUAUGUUGAGUUAACGCUGCAUGUGGGGAAAGAAGGCUCACAGAGUAGCUCAAAAUGUUUCUUUAAGUUAAAAGGAAAGUUGUUAUUAAGUUUAUGAUAGUUUUGGAGAAAGGAAAUGUUGUCAAAGCCGCCAUUUUGUGAGUGUGUGUGAGUGUGUGUGCGUCUGCCUGCCCCCAGCAGUUGAAUGUGAUCCGCGCACAGCUCGGAGACUGUGUGUGGUCCCGUUUUGGACAGCUCUCAACUUUCCAAAAAGAUUUGUCUCCGGCUGAAGGAAAAAAGCGGAGUGCGGACAGAAACGCAUGUUUACAAAAGUAGACCGUCUGAAACUCAGGGUUAUGCUAUUCUUUUUAGUUAUGUAGAGUGUAUUUUUGUUGAAAGGGGGUCUUUUGAGUAUGGGUGGUGAUUUUGGGGAAAGGGGGAGGGGCCGCGUUUUUUCUUCCUUUGAUCUGCAUUCCAGUAGUUUAGGACGGUGGUAUUUGAGUCACGAAUAGGUCAUCAAUUCACUUUCUUUUGAAAUUUGGGCGGUUUGAAAGAGAUCAUACUUGGGAUUUACGAUUGAAAUGUUAUUGCCUUUUGGUCAUGGUUGUUUACAUAAAAUAUGUCGGCAGUAUCUUUAGCUAUGUUUAGGGUUGGCAUAUGAUUAGUAUAGCGAUAUAAAUGCCGUCAAAGAGAAUACGAUUUAAGAAAAAAGGAAAAUAAAAUAAGUUCAAAUGAACAGUGAAUCAUCCCGACAGAAAUUAGUCCCGUGUAGCUCAGUUGGUAGAGCAUGGCGUUUGUAACGCCAGGGUUGUGGGUUCGAUUCCCACGGGGGGCCUGUAUGAAAAUGUAUGCACUCACUAACUGUAAGUCGCUCUGGAUAGAAUGACUAAAAAUUAAAAUAAAUUUCCCCCUCCCAUAGUUCUCUAGCCAACCGUGCCAGCAGUUUCAGUGUUUACAGAGAGCAUGCUCAUCUGUAAUGCAAGAGCAGUUCAGCUCGUGAGGGUCGAUCAAGCUCUGACAAGCUUUUUCUGGUGCAGUAUUCUAUAACCUACUAGAUGUAUGUUACUUUAAAAGAACUGUCCAAUGUUUCCAGAUUUCUAUGAAAUAUGACCUAUAGUUAAUUACAAUAUGAGUGAAAUAGUUUUCCUUCCAAAAAGUGGUAAAUAAGUAUGUUAAAAUGUUCUGUGUUGAAAUGGUGUUGGGCAUACCCCAACAACAGAAUGGUGUGGGUGUAAACCGGUCAUUAAAAAUAUUCAUACUAGGAGACCACUGAUUGGCCAGAUCAGCCAAUGAGCCAACAUGACAUCAUGUUCUAUGAGGAAAUAGCAAGCAUUUUUUAAAUGUCUGUUUGAGAUGUUUUUUUAGAAAGUGUUUUUUCUCCAGUUUAUGCUUUGACCACAAAUACGAGUAUAGGACGAGUCAACAACUUUAUUUGGGUAUGAGUUAACAGAAUAUUAACUUUUAAAAGUGAGAUUGUCCUUGGACAGUUACUUUAAACAGUAAUAGGUUAUUACUGUGUGCUAAAGAUUUGGUUAAGCAAUGUUAUUUUAAAGCAUGUGGAUUCUGUCAACAGUAGAUUGUCUAAUAAAUACCUUUAAUGUCAAUGGCCAAAUGCCUUUUCUUUGCUCAAUAUCCCAUGCCUACUACUCUUAUAGUUUACUGAAGUUAGCUGACACAGAGUUACAAUAAUGGGGUGUUAAUAAAGCACAACAACAUCAAGUGGUAUCUUCUUUCCUGGACCCAUCCUAAUGUUGCAUAGUUCCAUGGUGAUUCACACACAAACCUGUCAACAGAAGGUCAACUACACUACAGCACAUGCUUUUACAGGGUUACUAUCUCCUUACCCUGUGUUAUUGUUUUGUUAUGUCAAGAUGUCAGAACCCAUGGUCAUCUACUAGUUUAUUGGGAUGACGGAUGGCUGUGGUUUGCAUGUGCACACAAGUGCAUGAGAACACACACACACUAUUCCCAGGUCUAGGGACGUGAGGGGUUCCAGAUGCUGGUUGGGAGAGAUGUGUUUGUUUAGAUUAGACUGCACAGCUGAGGGAUAGAUUAGUACUGCCUGGACAGUGGAGGGCUGCUCUGGGCUCAGCUCAGCACAGGGGGAACUGUGGUCCAACAUCAAUGUGAAGAGGGAGAGAGGAGGGGAUGAGAGGAGGGGAGAUGAGAAGAGGAGAGGAGGAGAAAAAGGAAGGUAUGAGAAGAGGGGAGGAGGAGAAGAGCGAGAGGACGUCUGUUUAUGUUUAAUUUGGAUCCGUUCCUCUGCAUGCAACCUCUACAUGACCCCACCGGGGAGCUCUGGCCAUUAAGACACACAUACACCAACACACACCAUAGCAGAUCUCUCAUCGGAAUUGAGUGGAGUUGCAUGGGUGAUCUCAUGCUGUCUUUCGUCACCUGCUAUGCUUAUGGUAAGGCUUCAUCCUGCUAGGUCCGUAGUUUAGUACUGCAGCUUGUCUUAUUCAAGGAGAAUCACAUUCAGCUGCCUUGGUUGGGGUUGACUUUCUUCACACAAUAAGUACCCCAGUACCCAUAAACACUAAGACUACACUCUCAUUUAGAUACAGAAAGCUGUGUUUAUUAGAAAUGUUGAGGGAUGGACAGUUAAAUCAAACAGAUAAAAGAAGAAAGAGUAGAAAGAAGUGUCUGUGUCAUCCAACAGGCAUAAGCACUGAAAAGCUUUUUGGAUCUCUUUGGGGCAAACAGGUUGAUCUCUUGACUUGGCGGGAAAAAUGCAUAGAUACAGUACAUGUAAAUGCGAUUAUGGAUGAAUUAAGAUUUAGGAUGCUGACUUUAUACGUAGUAGAGGUCGAUUAAGCUGUGUACAUUGAUGAGAGUAGUGACAGGAAGUGACCUGCCUAAACAGGAAGUUGCAGUGUUGUGGUGGGCUCUCCUAUUCAAAUAUGGCUGCCAGGACACUUCUUUCUCAAGGCUGUUCAGAUUUAUCAGCAGUGUUUCAUAUCACCAAACCCUUAGUGAUUUUCUAAAUCAAAUAUAUGACUAAUUUCCCUCUAGCAGAGACGUAUCCGAGUAGAAAAGAAAAGGAAGCGAACUCCCUGGUCCUCAUGGUAUGAAAGUAGAGCCAUCCCUCGCCAUUCUGGGUUAACACAAACACAGGCCAAAUUGUAAAGAAAAUACCAGCGCUGGCUGAGUCUAAUUAAAACAGUAUGGCGUAAACAUUAGUCUUCCUGUAGAGUGGCCCCUCGCUAGCUACCUCUGCAUGCUGAGAAGGGCUGGGGUUUAGCAGAGAGGCUGGGGCUAUGGUUAGGGGCUGUGGUGUAGAGUUAGGGCUGUUUUUUUUGGAUGAGUUAGGAAAUAAAUGGUAUGUUAGGUCUGGGGCUGAGGACAUGGGACUGGAAUUGGGGAUAGGGCUGUGCCUGGAGUUUAGACCGAGGGAGUUAGGACUGCUACUAGGCCUUGUUGCAGGGGGUUGGGAUGAUGCUGGGGCUAGGUCCUGUAGAGCAGGACAGAGGCUGGGGCUCCUAUGAAGUCACUGACUUUGGGGCUCUCCCACCCUCUAUCACCCCCUGAAUUGUCCAAUCCGUUCCCCCUUAAUUUAACCCCUGCUUGCACAGCACUCCUCCUCCUACUCAUACCCUUCCUCCUCCGAGCCCAUCACCCCCACCCCCCCCCCACGCACGCACGCACACACAGAAAGAGAGAGAGAGAGCAGGGCAGAGUUUGGGGCCAGGGGCCACAGGUUUGGGGUCUGUGUGUGGAGGCGCCGCUAUUCAAAACCUCACCUGAUACUCACCCUGUGGCCCUGGUGUAGAGUGAGGAAUCACAGCAGAGAGAGAGGGGGGGGGGGAGAGAGAUAGGAGGAAGAGAAUGAGAAGGGGCACAAAAAGGUCACAGCAGCUGUCACAAUUAGUCCCUGUAGUUUUCUGUGUCUGGGAGUGUUUGUGUGUAUGUGUGUGUGUGUUCAAUGCGCUGAGAGUGUGUCACUGUUUUUGUGUGUCUUAUUUGUCUCCCAUCCCUCCAGCAGAGGGCAGUCAGAUUUACUCUGACUUCUAUUUGUACUAUAUCAAUGUUUAUUAUCAUAGUUUUUCUCUCUCCCAGCUACUGCUGGUGCUUCUUAUGGAUUUGCUUUGGUUUUCUAUUCCACAGCAGUUAGUCAGGGCCUGGGUGAUUCUCACAAAACUGCCACUUGACUGAAGAAAAAAAACGUCUUCGAUCACUAAGAUUAGGAUCUGUAUUUAUCUGUUUCAUAAUUAUUGUUAUGUUUAUUGAUCAGAUAUGAUGCAUUUUAACACAAAUUCCCCAACUACAAACGCAAAAAUUCUCAUUAUCGCAAUAGUUUGUGAAGUCCAAAAAAGUAGUGAACAAAUCAAUUUCAAAUGUUUUUUAACAUUGCUCACCUAAUGAAAAGGCCUGAGUUAAACAUAACACUGAAAACAAAUACAGUUGAAGUCGGAAGUUUACAUACACUUAGGUUGGAGUCAUUAAAACUCGUUUUUCAACCACUCCACAAAUUUCUUGUUAACAAACUAUAGUUUUGGCAAGUCAGUUAGGACAUGUGCAUGACACAAGUAAUUUUUCCAACAAUUGUUUACAGACAGAUUAUUUAACUUAAAAUUCACUGUAUCACAAUUCCAGUGGGUCAGAAGUUUACAUACACUAAGUUGACUGUGCCUUUAAACAGCUUGGAAAAUUCCAGAAAAUGAUGUCAUAGCUUUAGAAGCUUCUGAUAGGCUAAUUGACAUAAUUUGAGUCAAUUGGAGGUGUACCUGUGGCUCUAUUUCAAGGCCUACCUUCAAACUCAGUGCCUCUUUGCUUGACAUCAUGAGAAAAUCCAAAGAAAACAGCCAAGACCUCAGAAAAAAGUUGAAGACCUCCACAAGCCUGGUUCAUCCUUGGGAGCAAUUUCCAAACGCCUGAAGGUACCACGUUCAUCUGUACAAACAGUAGUACGCAAGUAUAAACACCAUGGGACCACACAGCCGUCGUACCGCUCAGGAAGGAGACGCGUUCUGUCUCCUAGAGAUGAAUGUACUCAAGUGCAAAUCAAUCCCAGAACAACAGCAAAGGACCUUGUGAAGAUGCUGGAGGAAACAGGUACAAAAGUAUCUAUAUCCACAGUAAAACUAGUCCUAUAUCGACAUAACCUGAAUGGCCGCUCAGCAAGGAAGAAGCCACUGCUCCAAAACCGCCAUAAAAAAGCCAGACUACGGUUUGCAACUGCACACUAUUGUUUGUACAGAUGAACGUGGUACCUUCAGGCGUUUGGAAAUUGCUCCCAAGGAUGAACCAGACUUGUGGAGAUCUACCCUUUUUUUCUGAGGUCUCCCCCAAAACAAGCUUGACUGCUAGCAGCUCACGGUUCCCCAAGUCGUAAUUCUGCUCCGCAGGGGACAGCCAACGGGAGAAAGAUGUGCAGGGGUGAGUCUUACCGUCCGUGAUGAACCCCUGGGACAGGAUUGCUCUCACCGCAACGUCUGAAGCAUCCACCUCCACAAUGAAUGGUAGGGAUGGAUCAGGAUGCCCUAGGACCGGGGCCGAUGUAAAGCGUCGCUUAAGCGCAUCGAAUGUGUUCCCCGCUUCCGGGGUCCAGGCGAAGGAGGGCACGCUCGUCUAGGUGAGGGCUGUCAGGGGAGCGGCUAUAGAAAUUAGCGAACCCUAAAAAACGUUGUAGUUGCUUGAGGGAUGAGGGCUGGGGCCAAUCCAGUACCGCGCUGACCUUGGCUGUGUCCAUCCGUAUGUCCCCCUGGGUGACGAUGAACCCCAGGAAGGAGACUGUCUCCGUGUGGAACACGCACUUCUCCGCCUUGACGUAGAGCUGGUGACAGAGAAGGCAUUGGAGGACCUGCCGAACAUGCUGCUGGUGUUCAGUCAUGUCCUUUGAACAUUUUCUGAUGUCAUCCAAAUACACGAAGAUGCUGUGGUCGAGGAGGUCCCUGAGCAUGUCAUUGACCAACGCCUGGAACACCGCAGGUGCGUUGGCUAAACCGAACGGCAUGACUUGGUACUCGUAAUGCCCACUGGGUGUGUUAAAAGCCGUCUUCCACUCGUCCCCCUCCCGAAUCCUCACCAGGUUGUAGGCAUUUCUUCCAGCUUGGUGAAGAUCCGGGCUCCCUGCAACGACUCGAAUGCCGUCGUCUUCAGGGGGAGUGGGUAGCAGUUCUUAACCGGGAUGACGUUGACCGCCCGGUAAUCAACGCACAUGACGUUGCCCACCGUCCGUUUUCCUCACGAAGAAGAAGCCCGUGGCCGCGGGUGAGGUAGAUGGGCGGAUGUGACCCUCGACAAGUGCUUCGUCGAUAUACUCCCUCAUGGCCAGCGUCUCCGACCGGGACAAGGAAAACAAUCACCCUCGUGUGGGCAUGGCUCCCGGCAGGAGAUUGAUAGCGCAGUCAUGUGGCCUGUGAGGAGGUAGGCCCUUGGCACGCCUCUUACUAAACACCUCCCCCAGAUCCCAAUACUCCCGGGGAACGCCUGCCAGGUCUGGGCCGGUGACGGAGUCUGUAGCUGCCGUCCUCCCGGUGGCAACCGGCGGUAGGCAGUUCGGAGUGCGGGACCUGGGGAAGAGGUGAGGUGGUGGUCUGGGACAGUCGUUUGGGCUGAUGAGUGGUCGGUGGAGACCGGAACAGGACGGGGGCGGAUCCUCCCUCCAGGAGGAUGAGCCGCCCCGUGGACCAGUCUAUCCGGGGUUUCUGGGCGACCAGCCAGGGGUGCCUGAGGACAAGGGGACACUCCGGAGAGUCCACAAUGAAAAACUGGAUAUCCUCCCAUAGUCCCCCUGCCACCCGGACAAGCAAGGGGACAGUGUGCCGGGUGAUGAAGCCUGACCCCAACUGCCGGCCGUCCAGGCCCAUGACCGGAACCGGCUCGGAGAGGGAGAGUAAGGGAACGCUCCACCCUUGGGCCAGCCCCGCGUCCAUCAGGUUUUCCGCUGCCCCAGAAUCCACCAGCGCAUGCACCCGAUGCUCAGCGCGGGCCCACUGAACCCUGACGGGGAGAAAAGUCUGGGAGUCUCUGGAGUUGGGGUUUCGAUUCCGACUCGCUAGCACCACUCCCGAUACUAGCGAGCACAACCGUUUCCCGGUUUCUCCGGGCAUAAGUCGCAGUGGUGACCUGCCUGGCGUACAGGCAAUGUCCCUGGCGCAGACGCCUCUGCCUCUCCAUCCUGGACAAGCGCACCGCACCCAGCUGCAUAGCUUCUUCCUGAGGCGUCUCCUCCCUGAAUCGGCUGAAAGCCUCCAGGACGCAGAAACACGCCUUGUGUCAUCUCUCUCUCAAACGCCCUCUAAUGACGCCGAUUGUCUACCCGCACCGAGAGGUCGAUGAGACCGUACUGUCACUCAGGCAGCUCCCUGAAGGAGAGUUCGUCCUUCAUCCCCUCCGAUAGCCCCUGUGCGUAAAGGACGACUAGGGCGGCCUCCACCCAUCCUACCUCUCGAGCCUGGGUCCGGAAAUCCACGGAGUAGUCUGCCACCGAACGGUCACCCUGCUGACAGGCCGUGAGCCGCCUCCUGAACUUGUGCCCCGACACCACCCGAGAGGUGUCGAACACCUUGCGUAGCUCCCGGGUGAAUUGGUAGGAGUCGGAGCACGCCGGAGUUUGGCUCUCCCACUCCGCGGUAGCCCAGGAAAAGGCCCGACCCGUCAACAGAGUGAUGAUGUAGGCCGCCCAGCCCUGCUCCGUCGGGAAGGAGGAGGGUUGUUGGCUGAAUACCAGGGAAAACUGGGUGAGGAAUUCCCUGCAGCCCUCUGGACGUCUGUCACACCUCUCCGGAGGUGGUAGGCGCCAUCUGCCGGGGCUGGUCGGGUGUCCACCCGGCUCUGCACGGCGAUCGUCAGCUGGCGGAGAUUCUCUGUGAUCUGCUGCAGGCUGCGGUCGUGUUGGUUCAGCAUAGCUCCCUGCGUUGCCAAUGCGCUCCAAUACUGUGCUUCCUCCGCUGGGUCCAUACUGGCUCAGUUUUCUGUAAGGGUUGGUGUGAGGUGUGACCCAGGUGCGGUGCAGGAUAGACAGUAGGCUGUAGGUAGAGAUGGUGAAAACAAGGAUCUUUACUGGUGGUCCCGAAACCAGGAUACAAAACAACAGACUUAACACGAUAAAGAAAGGUGGCGCAAAUAAGUCUCCAAAAACAAGCUGACAGCCAAAAUACGAAAUUGUAACUACGACUGAAAUAAUAAAGAAACAGGGAGAACAUUUCUUGAGUACCUGUACAUACUUCUCCGAUCAGACACUGAUUAGUACUGCUGAGCAUAGUGAAACUAGCAGAGAAAACUGAGCAAGGGAACACAGGGAAGUGAGGGCAUAAAUACACAGGUGAACAGGUAGACACAGGUGACACCAAUAGGAUAAUGAUUAGUCCAGACUGUGAGUGAGGAGGUGCCUAAGGUUGUCGCAGGAUGAUACCUAGUGGGUCGCUCCGGAACUGCGACCCCCUCCUGUAACACACGUGUCAAAAUGGGGGAUAUCCAACUUUAAGUGGCGGGGUUGCUCUUUGCUGAAACACAAACUCCAGAUUGUGGCUUUAAGUAAAUUAAAUGGGGUUUAUACACCCAUAUUUCUUAACAAUCCCUACUUAAUCAAAUAACUGAUGUUUUACAAAAAAAUCUAUACAAUAGGUGUAAGCAGUGGUCCUAGUAAAUCAUAAACGUUACCAGCACAGCACACCAUUUGACUAUACAUUAGAAUUAGCUUAUUAUUAUUAUUACCGAAAUUAAGGUUAUCAUUACCGCAACUGACCUAAAAAUAUUAUAGUUUAAUGUAAACUUCAACUAGCAUACAAUUUGUAUGAUUUAUGGACAACCUACAGCAAAAGAUAACAUUUUAUAAAAUGACCCAAUAAUUUAAUCCGGAUGUAUUUCAGUGAUGAGAAUUUGGGGUGAAAAUGUACAAAAUUCAGGUGAAAAUAUAAAAUGUAUUUAAAAUAAGUCACUGUGCCAUAAACUAGUAUUCAGAAUGAUAGUUCAUUAUUGCAGAUUUUGCUACUGCCAUGGUUAAAACUGGUUUCAUGAGAAUCACCCGCCUAGUGUUGGUGUGUGUGUGUCCUCAUUCUGGAAAAGUUGCCAUGCCUUUGCUUAAGCAACAUGACUUGAAGCACAGCUACAUAUUUGCGUGCCAUUGCCCUCAUGACGAAUAAUACGUGGUUAGCUUGUUGUUGUGCUGCUAGAGGCAGAGUACUGUCAUUAUUUAUUUUGGUCUGGUAAUAGGCCAAUAUUGGCUGUUAAAGGUAGACUCAGCGAUAUAACGUAGAUGCAGAGAGUAAAAAGCACAGUGUGACAAUUUCCACAACAACUAAGAGCGUUGAAGCGUGAGGCUCAACUUCUCUGCUUCUCUGUGCAAGUGCGCAGAUACUGUGUGUGAGUGAAGUCUUGCAUCUCGCUCAUCUCAAUAUCUGCAGUGCUGCUCGUGGCAACUUCAUUUCCCUGAGUCUACCUUUAAUAUCGGUGAACUGAUAUAUCGGUCGGGCUAACUAUAAUGCUGAGUGACUGUGAAAAAGGCCCAGUCAACCUUUCAUGUGGACGGAGGAGGAGGAGGGAGAGAGAGGGGGAAGAGGGAGAGAGAGGGGGAGGAGGGAGAAGAGAGGAGGAUAGAGAAAGAGACAGGGAAUAAGAAGAGAAGAGGGAGAAGAGAAAAGAGGAAAGGAAGGGAAGACUCCAAAUGUGGCUUCUUCUCUCUGGUCAGAAUUAUCCUCGUUUUGAUGUGUAUAGGAAGACACACACACAGUCUCCUCUGUUUUGCCUCUGAGUGAGGAGCUAGUUGAAUGGGAAUGGCAGGAUAGUUCUUUUACCCUCCCUCUGCCAUCCUAGACUUUUCCCGCUCACUCUAUCCACUCUCAUUUUGCAGACACAAGCAAUCAAACAUGCACAAAUGCGGGCACAAACACACAUUGUAGCCUAAUUGCACAGCACAAGAAAUAUACGCAUUACACGUGCAUGCAAAUGUGGACACCCGACCAUCCCCAGCAGCCGGCGUCUCCAGUCUCGCCUGCGACAUUGCGGGAACCCUGCCUACCACCUCCGGAGAGGUGUAACGGACGUCCAGAGGGCUGCGGGGAAUUCCUCACCCAGUGUUCCCUGGUAUUCAGCCUACAACCCUCCUCCUUCCCGACGGAGCAGGGCCGGGCGGCCUACAUCAUCACUCUGUUGACGGGUCGGGCCCUUUCACAUACACACAGGAAAACAAGUGGGCUCCAAAUUCUUUGUGUUUAUCAGUUGACUCCAAACAGGAUUAAGCCGUCAGUAGAAUAACAUUCCAACAUGUUAUGUUAAACUUUACUAGUUGAUGAAAUGUGCAGGCGAGCUGGAGAAUGAUUUAGUGUUUGGAAAACACCAUGGCUGUGUUAGUGUGCACAGAGUUAUGGCUCUGUUUUUAAAAGUUUUUAAAAGUCAUUAUUUUAAAAGAGUGUUUAUUCCCAAUGACUUAUAUGGCGAAAUAAAGGUUAAAUAUGUUUGAAAAGUUACAACUCUAGAGUGUGUGUGUGCGUGUGUGUGUAUUGUAGAAAUGGACGGUCUCCCAUUCACAAACCACCUCCUGAGAUGCCUCCAAGCGCUGUGUUUACAUUCUGCAUUCUUUCAGACGCUCUUAUUCAAAAACCAGAGCUCUGCGAAUGACCGACCGCAAGAGACUCCUCCAAAACUUCCCCUCUCCCUCCCUCCUCCUCUCUCCCUCACUCCAUCCUUCUCUCUCUCUCCCCCCCUUAGCUCCCCCUUCUUUCCUCUCUGCCGAAAAGGUCUCUUUCCUCUAACCCCCCCCCCGGCAGGGAAGAGUGGCUCCAGAAUGCCAGAUGUAUUGCAGAGUGAGGCACAGCAAUGUAAACACACAGCCCUGCCAUGACAGUCACGGUGGUCCACCCUCCCUCCCUCCCUCCUCCUCUUUCCUCUCCUCCCUCCCUCUCCUUCCCCUCCCUCCCAGUGCUGGCGGACAGAGGGGCGGGGAGUGUGAGGAAAAGCAGAGAGAGAGGGAAGGAUAG